AUGCUUUUAGCUGAAAAACAGAAUAACUUAUUACCUCAAAGUUCAGAAAACGAUAAGCAGGUUUCAAAUGCUGUAUUAAAUUCAAAUAAAGCUCGUGAAUGUGAUUCAGAUCAUGAAAUAAUACCGCAGCACGACAAGAAAAACUCGAGAUCUGAUAGUUUAACAAUUCAAAAGUCUUCAAGAGCUGCGUUGUUUCCGAAAAAAGUCAAUGCAAUCGAUUUAAAUCAAUUAGAAUCGGGAGAGGGGAACAUUAACGAUGGAAAAGCUCCAAGGACUAAAGAUAAAAAAUCAGCUGUUGUAAAACCAUUAGAUCAACAGGCGAAAGACGCGAUCGUUGAGUUUGCGAUGCAUACAGCCGAAUUGAAGAAAGACAAGAACGUCAUAUCAUCACCGCUAUCAGCCGAAUUUUUACUUGCUCUAUUGGCUUUAGGCACCACUGGCCCGGCCCACUCAGAACUUCUCACGUCACUCGGCUUCCCCGAUGAUGAUUCGAUUCGCUCAUUAUUUUCUACGUUAACGUCUAAAGUGAAAAGUUUAAAGGGUGUGACAUUAAGUAUCGCUAAUAAGGUGUACAUUCAAGAUGGCGAAUAUGACCUGGACACAAAGGUCAAAGAAGAUGCCGUUGCAAUAUUUGACUCUGAAAUGGAGAAAGUAAAUUUUAGUGACACCGUAUCCGUCGUCAGUAAUGUAAAUGAAUGGGUUGAAAAAAAAACUAACAAUAAAAUUAAAAAUCUACUGUCAACCAGCGAUGUAGGCAGUUCGACUCGCCUCGUACUCGUUAAUGCUAUUUAUUUUAAGGGGACCUGGAAGGACCAGUUUAACCCGUCAGGCACUAUGAAACAUCCAUUUUAUGUGAAUGCCGUUACAACUGUUGAAGUUCCUAUGAUGUUCAAACAAUUUGAUUACCCUUACGGCCUCAGUGAAGAACUCCAAGCCCAGCUUUUGGAUAUACCAUAUAUCGAUGAGGAGGCAAGCAUGCUCAUUGUGUUACCAGAGGAAAUGGAAGGAUUGAACGAUAUUAUGGUUAAAUUGGCCGCUGGUUACGAUCUAUUCGCUGAUGUUGAAAAAAUGCACAAAACUACAGUACGAGUCACCAUCCCUAAAUUUAAGAUUGAAACAACAAUAGACUUGAAAAUUUUGUUACCGGAGCUUGGCAUUUCUACAAUUUUCAAUUCUAGAAAUUCAGGUAUAACUAAAUUAUUAAAUACCGACGAGGGAUUUUAUGUAUCCAGCGCUGUACAAAAAGCAUUUAUUGAAGUUAACGAAGAGGGUGCUGAAGCAGCCGCCGCUACUAAAAUGGCGAUUAAAAAACGGAAAGCGCCACGUUACCGUGAAUUCCAGGCUGACCGACCUUACCUGUAUUUGCUACUCAGUGCCGACAGAGUCCCUCUUUUCAUCGGAGUCUACCGAGGCCUCCCCUAA